GCUUCCAUCUCUCUUUUUCAGUUUCUUUUUAUUUCUCUCUAAAAUUACAUUACAAAUCUCCUUUCUUCUUCAUCUUCUCCCUUCUCUUGCACUCAUUACAGAUUUCUCUAAACCCUAAUUUUCAGCUCCCCACCAUUGAAGCCUGCAAAUCUCUGAUCCCACUCCACGACAAAACCCAUUCUUCCCAUUCCUCUGCUAACCAAAAUCCUAAUCCCUCUUCCUCUGGUUUUUCCCGUAUCUGAUUCCAAUGCCACCUUCCGUUCAUUCUUCCUCUUUCUAGAUUCGUUUCUCUUCCUUGCCGUUCUUUUAAGAUGUUAGAACACCUCGCCCGAGAAUCAGACGGCGACCCUGGUUACGAACCGGCUGUUAAUUCUACUUCUAGUCAGAAUUCUAUGAGCAGUGAGAGUUGUAGUAGUUUCAGUCGUCUUUCAUUUGAUGCUGCUAUUGAUUUACCUACUUCCCGAUCUUCACCGGAGUGUCUCGAUUUAAAGCCGCAUCGAUCGUCUGAUUUUGCUUAUUCCGCUAUUCGUCGCCGGAAAUCUAAGCUUACGUUUCGUGAUUUUCGACUUCUCCGUCGGAUUGGUGCUGGCGACAUUGGGACGGUUUAUUUAUGUCAGUUGAGGAAGUUGAGUGAAGGGUGUUAUGAGGAUGAAGAUGAUGAUGAUGAUCCGUGUUUGUAUGCGAUGAAAGUUGUGGAUAAAGAAGCGUUGGAAUUGAAGAAGAAAGUGCAGAGGGCGGAAAUGGAGAGGAAAAUACUGAAGAUGUUGGAUCAUCCGUUUUUGCCUACACUUUACGCUGAGUUUGAAGCUUCCCAUUUCUCUUGUAUCGUUAUGGAGUUCUGUUCCGGUGGUGAUUUGCAUUCUCUCCGCCAUAAACAGCCGCGGAAACGCUUCUCUCUUACUUCCGCAAGGUUUUAUGCAGCUGAAGUUCUUGUUGCUUUGGAGUAUCUUCAUAUGCUUGGAAUCAUUUACAGAGACCUUAAACCGGAGAAUGUUCUCGUCCGAUCAGACGGUCACAUUAUGUUAUCGGAUUUCGAUUUAUCACUCUGUUCCGACGCCACCCCAGCCGUUGAAUCGCCGAACUCCUCCCCGAACACGGCAUUUCCCGACGCAACGGCGUACCCCAGAACCAACGCCGCCGUUUCUGCGGCCUCCACAACUCCUUUUUCCUGCCUCUACAACCGGCUUUUCCGUUCGCGGAAGGUCCAAACUAUGACCCCCAACUGGCUCUUUGUCGCAGAGCCAGUCUCCGCCCGGUCCUGCUCUUUCGUCGGUACCCACGAGUACGUCUCACCGGAAGUUGCCGCCGGUGGGUCUCACGGUAACGCCGUCGACUGGUGGGCAUUUGGAGUAUUCCUCUACGAGUUGAUCUACGGCCGGACGCCGUUCGCGGCUUCGUCGAACGAGACAACGCUAAGGAACAUCAUAAAGAAGCCGUUGACGUUUCCGACUGCCGUUCCGUCUGGCGCGCUUGAGCACCACGCGCGGGACCUCAUAUCCGGAUUGCUUAACAAAGACCCGACCCGGAGACUUGGGUCGAAACGCGGGUCCGCCGACAUCAAGAAGCAUCCGUUCUUCAAAGGCCUCAACUUCGCCUUAAUUCGGUCGCUCACUCCGCCGGAAGUACCCGGCGUACGACGGCGGAAGCCGACGCCAGCUCCGGUGGCCAAAACCAAGGACAAGUCCGGUCAAUCGACCGGUUUCGAUUACUUCUGAAUUACAUCGACGGUUGUUACGAACGCCACGUGGCGAACCCAAACUGCCGGAUUUUGAGACUGGCAGAUGACAGUGGAACGUGUAUAUUCGAUCUGCUCCUAUUUUCCACCUCUCCGCGUCGACUUUGACGUAUGUUUAAGUGACCUCGUCGUGAUAUUAUAUUAUAUUGCGAUUUAUAACUUCAGGCAAAAAAAAAAAAAAU